CGUCAAUGCACGUCAGCCAGAGAACAUGAUGCCUCCUGAAAGUCAGCUCGUGUAGUCUCGCAAACACAGCUGAAAUAUUAGAGCUCUAUUGUAUUGGAGGAGGUAGCGUGAUACAUCGGCGCGCUCCCAAACGCUCUUCUGGUGAGACUGGAGCGGACCGCCGGCGAGCACACUGGGGCUGGCACGCUGGCACGCUGGCACGCUGGCAUUUCGACACGGCUUAGCUUGUGCUAGACGUGUUAUCUUGAGGCUCAAGUGGCAGGUCUCUAUCUUCUCGCCACAAACCCUAGUGUUACACUAACAGCAUGGUCAUGGCUGACUGUCACCAAAAGCCAGUGCUCAGGGGUCCCGUCCGAGUGGGCUUCUACGAUAUCGAGCGGACUCUUGGAAAGGGCAAUUUCGCUGUUGUAAAACUGGCAAGACAUCGUAUAACCAAGACAGAGGUGGCUAUAAAGAUCAUCGACAAGACCCAGCUGGAUGCUGUGAACCUGGAGAAGAUCUAUCGUGAAGUACAGAUCAUGAAAAUGCUGCACCAUCCACACAUCAUUAAACUGUACCAGGUCAUGGAGACCAAGAAUAUGCUGUACCUUGUGACAGAAUACGCCAAGAAUGGAGAAAUCUUUGACUAUCUGGCCCAGCAUGGACGGCUGAGUGAACCAGAGGCACGACGCAAGUUCUGGCAAAUUCUGUCUGCUGUUGAGUACUGCCACAAUCGAAACAUCGUUCACCGGGACUUGAAGGCGGAGAAUCUGCUGCUUGAUGGACACAUGAACAUCAAGAUUGCUGAUUUUGGCUUUGGAAAUUUCUUCCAGUCGGGAAAGCCCCUGGCCACAUGGUGUGGGAGUCCUCCAUAUGCAGCCCCGGAGGUGUUUGAGGGACAGCAGUAUGAGGGCCCCCAGCUGGACAUCUGGAGCAUGGGGGUGGUUCUGUACGUGCUGGUGUGUGGCGCCCUGCCCUUCGAUGGCCCCUCUCUCCCCAUUCUACGGCAGCGUGUUCUGGAAGGCCGUUUCCGUAUUCCUUACUUCAUGACAGAAGACUGUGAGCAUCUGAUCAGGCGAAUGUUGGUGUUAGACCCCUCCAAGCGUCUGUCUAUAGGACAAAUAAAGGAACACAAGUGGAUGGUGAUGGAGGUGCCUGUGCAGAGGCCGAUGUUAUAUCAGCAGACUGUAGAGGGGGAGGCUGGUGUGGGAGAAUACAGUGAACAGGUGCUCCGGUUGAUGCACAGUCUGGGCGUUGACCAGCACAAGACAGUAGAGUCUCUUCAGAAUAAGAGUUACAAUCAUUUUGCUGCUAUCUACUACUUGCUGGUUGAGAGGCUAAAGGCCCACCGCUGCAGUUUCCCAGUGGAGCCCCGACUCGAUGCCCGCCAGAGACGUCCCAGUACGAUUGCAGAGCAGACUGUCGUCAAGGCGAGCAGCGCUGCUCCUCAGGUGAGCCUCCUGCCUCAGAACAUACGUCUCCUGAGAUCCCCAGCUGUGCCUCAAGCCCCUGCAGACUCCUUCACGUUCCCUCAGUCCUCCUGUGCUACUGAACACAGCCUCAUGGAGGAGGAGGUUGGGACUCCCAAAGUCACCGGCUGCAUGCUGGACCCCUUGCCCCCUGUGGCUGUUCGCAAAUCCAGCGCCUCGUCCCCCAGCAACAUGAUGGAGACAUCUAUAGAUGAGGGCAUUGAGACGGAGGAGCUGGACACCGAGGAUGAUCAUACCCACGUCUUCAAUGCCUAUCAGACAGCCCGCUUUGGACAGCGCAGACACACACUCUCUGAGGUCACCAAUCAGCCAGGAAUCAUGACCAGUGGAGGUAAACUGUUCAGCGUGGGUCAUAACCCCUCACUGGGUAGCGUGGACUCAGAGUAUGAUAUGGGCUCCAUGCACAGUGACCUCAGUCUACUGGAGGAUGCACCCUCUCUUAAUGAGGUGGUCCUGGGCAACACACCCAUGACUCCGCCUUUCAUCAGCGCUCGGCCCGCUAACCCCACCAUGCAAGCGCUGAGCGCCCAGAGGAGAGAGACACACAACCGCUCUCCCAUUAGCUUCCGCGAGGGCCGCAGAGCAUCAGACACCUCACUCACACAAGGCUUGGUGGCCUUUAGACAGCACCUACAGAAUCUGGCACGGACCAAAGGUAUCCUGGAGCUAAAUAAGGUGUAUGAGCAGAUGGGCUCUGGAGAAACUCCUUCCCUUGGGCUGCUGAGCCCUCAGGCCCAUCCACAUGACUUGUUGGACCCUGCACUACAGGAGGAAAGAGGGCACCAGCACGACAUGGCUCUGUGCUCAGGUGGAACACACCCUGCGCUGUUGUCAAGGAGACAGAGUCUGGAGCCGCAGUACCUCUCUCACAGAAUACAGAAAGCCACACUGAUGGCCAACAGCCCCAGCAGCUGCCAGAUGUUCUGCAAAGAAACUCCUCGCAGUCUUGAGCAGCAGCUGCAGGAGCACAGGCUGCAACAGAAACGUCUGUAUCUUCAGAAACAAUCCCAAAUGCAGGCUUACUUUAACCAGAUGCACAUUGUGGAGGACCCUUACGCUCCCUGUGCAACCAUGGGCCACCAGGACUCUGGAGCCCCACCUCAGCCCCAGGGUUCGAUAGCACCAGCACAUCAGCAGAGUUCACAGGCCUCACCUCAGUUUGCACAUACACAGCCUCUCGGCCACCUAAUGGAGCCCAACCCAGAAUCCCUGCCGUAUGAGCCCUACCUGGGCCAUUAUGCUCAGAUGCAGCCUCUACCACAAAGCUUCUCUGCUCAGCUGCAGCCCCAACACCCCGAACCCCUCAACUACACCUACCCAGCCUGCGAUCCAAGCCACUCCGCCUCAGGAGAGACACUGUACCCCGAGCAAUAUGACUAUCCUCUUGAUCCCGGGCAGCUGCCUCCACCUGCAGAGGGCGGCCCGGCUGGGUACGAAGGGCUGACAUUGGCCGACCCAUUUCUGGACAGCGAAAUGAUGGAGACGGUUGACCCCCAGCAUGGUUUUGUGCUGGUGAAAUAAGCCGAGACUCGAUUAACCAGUAUUAAUUACCUUGAUCUCUGACUCACUACGGAUGAAUUGACGGAUGAGAUGUCACAGGGACGGAUUGAGUUUUGUACGUUCAACGUUUAAGUUGCAGCAAAUGUGAGCUGUAAUCUUUAUACUUCAUGAAACUCCUCCCUACCUCCCUCCUCGUUCUCCAGUGGUCCCACCUGCUGCUCUCUCACAAUAGAGUACCGGAUGGCGUGGCGUACAGGCCAACUGCAAUGGGGGCUCCGAACUGACCGCAGGAUAGGAGCUGCUCGCUACGCGCCGUAUGUUGCACAAAGACUAGAUCUGCAAUACGGAGCCCGCUCGGUGGCACAAUCAAAUAUUGACACAUUUAGUACUGAACAAAAUCACUCAAAGCGUCUGACUUUGAUUAUGAAAGACUAGUCAUGCGCACUCAAUAAGUGCAGUGUUAGUUAAAAACUCAUGGCAAUAUAGAAGCAAUAUACUGAUUCAUCUAGAACUGAAAAAAACGAAGCCAUAAGUCAGAACUGCACCACCCAAAACUGCUAUCACCAGAUGUUUCUCAACUUUUAAACGGCCAGAACCACAGAUACUUGUGGACGAAGCUGUGAUUUUCACUGGAUUCCCUCCUCACGCUCAUAAAAUAACAAUCUGUUCUCCUUGAACCACAACAGUGUUAUUUUGUCUGUUAAUAUUCCUCCAAAUUUGCGCACCAUGAACGAUGAGUCAUGACUCUAUUUACACAGAGAUGAUUAAUAAGGAGCGGUUUUUAAGUCAGGUGAUAUCAUCACAUCCAUGGGCAGUGUUGGUAUGCGUUUAAAUGAUUUAGAGGAUUAUUAUAUUGCUGAUAUGUACACUAAAGAAUACAUCAGCAUUCAAGUCACAAGACACUGGAUAGUUCUGCUAAUUCAUUGCAUUUACGACAGACAAAACGGAGAUUGUUUUUGUUCGCAGCACUUAGUAAAUCUGUUCUACUUGAAAUGACAAGUCUGUGACUAAACCCAGAUAUCAGAUACUCUACAGAGAACGAUCAUCACGCAAACUGAUCGCAAGGUUCAGAGCUUUGUAACAGAACACGUAUUAAGGCAGAUAAUAUACUGGAGCACUUUGUCAAAGAAGCUAAAGGAAAUGUAGCUGAGGAGACGGCAGAUGGGUGAGGUGAACCUGCUCUGCUAGUUUCGUCAAACAAGAGACAUAAAAGUCAUCUCUUUCCAAUAACGUGCUCCCCGCGAGCCAGCGCUCUCUCAAAGAAGGAUGCCGAGAGAGCGCGGCUGGGCGAUUGUUUUGUGUAACGUAGAGGUUAGAAACUUUGAAAGUGCUUUCAAAAUGCAACAUAUUUUGUAUUCAAUGUGAUCGUGUUCGGUGUGCCUUUUUCUUCUUUCUUUUAAGUUAAGAUCUUAGAAGGAUAGUUCACCUAACAUUCAGUCUUCAUUUACUCUCCCUCUUGUCGAGACAGACUUGUAUGGCAGACUUUCGUCUGUGAAACACGUUCACGCAUCAAAAAGAACUUUGAGAGUAUCAUGAAAAGGGCCCAAACAGGUUAAGAAUGACAUGAGGGCGAGUAAAUGAUUUUUGGGUGAAUAGUUCAAUAACCUUGUUUUUCGGUUUGAUUCUGUUGGUAUUGUAACAGCACAUGUGUAGACCCGGGUUUUACAAAGGUACAAAACCAAAGUCCCCUCAGAAGUGUUCCUGUAUAACCCCACCGUGUGGAGUUUGGAGCUUCUUGGUCAGCAUUGUAACUGUGCUGUUUUAUUUGUUUUUGUUUUGUCAAUCAGUAUAUGCCGGUGAAAAGUAUUAAUAGCAAUAUUUCUUCUGAAUAGUUCAGAAUGAACAGAUUAGUGAAUGUGUUGCCAUAUCAUAAUCACACCUGCUGGCGAACACCAUUCUUUGGACAUCCUACAAUUCUGCAUUUACCUUCAUGGUUGUUGACCACACAUAAGCUAAUGUGCUGUUAAGAUUUCAAAAAAGAUCUAUUGAGCAAAGUGUUUUGUGUGUUUAUUUUCUCUGGCAGGAUUUUCAACAUAACUCAAAUUCACUUUGACUGAACUGUGUUUUUCAACUGUUUUAUGGUCACUUUUACACAGCAGUAGAACACUGGUACGUUCACACGUACUUCAGUUAACCACAACAUUUUUAGAACUCACAACCACAUUGUCGUCAAAGUUCUGAAGUGUGAUACUAACCGGAUUGGUAGACUAGUUGUUUUUUCACGUCAUACAGUGUGGAAAGGGUGCUUUGUAUUGUGGUACACAAACGUCUCGUGUUUCUGUUUUUAAUGUGUGUAUUCGGUAACUUACUAUGUCGCAGAUAUUUGUUGUCUGUUACAUGAAGGUUUUACAGGUGCAUCUCAAUAAAUUAGAAUGUCGUGGAAAAGUC